GCUGGACACCAACUUCCGGUAUGACGUCACUACCGGAUUCCAAAGUACAGAACUUGUCAACUGCGUGCCACACGGCGGCUUACAAUGUUUUAACUUCGUUUCGACGAGGAAAAUUGGUGCUAAAUGGAGGAAGUGAUAUUCUUUUUUCUUCUCUGCUGCCGCCUCGCAUCUCCUGCGACGCACUCCCUGUGGCACGUCUACACGGUGACCACCGGCAUCCCCACGCUGCCCACCACGGUGGCGGUAGUGGUGGUGGACGGGAUCCAAACCGACCACUACGACAGCGUCAGCAACACCGCCGGGCCGUCCCAGGACUGGAUGAAGCGGAUGUCAGACCUGGACCCGGACUACUGGAAGACCCAGACCGACUUCUGGGAGCGCCAAGACCACUUUGGGAGGAUCAACAUCGACAUUCUGAGGAAGCGCUUCAACCGCACCGAAGGUGUGCACGUGUUCCAGGUGUUGCACGGCUGUGAGUACGAUGAGGACUUGGGUGUGUUCCGGGGUUUCAACCACCACAGCUACGACGGAGAGGACACCUUGUACCUGGACAUGGAGCAGCGGCGCUGGAUCUCCCUGAAGCCUCCCAUGGACGCCACCCAGAGGAAGUGGAACGACAACCAGGGCUGGAUGGAGUUCAUGGUGCACCGCCUGCUGAAAGAGUGUCCUCAGCGCCUCAAUCGCACCCUGGAACUCGGCCAAAGUGUCCUGCGCAGAAUCGAGCGUCCCCGGGUGUCUCUGCUCCAGACCAGUCCGUCCUCGCCGGUCACGUGCCACGCCACGGGCUUCUACCCUGACGUGGCCAACAUGUUCUGGACCCGGGACCGGGUGGAGCUCCACGAGCACGUGGAGCACGGCGAGCUCCUGCCCAACCACGACAACACCUUCCAGCUCAGCGUGAGUUUGGACGUCAGCGCGCUGCCGCCACACGACUGGUCCAGGUACGCCUGCGUCUUCCGACUGUCCGGACUCCAGGAGAACAUCGUGGUCGGCUUGGACGCGUCCAAGAUCUUGACCAACUAUGUGGAGCCUCCCAACGUCCUCGUUCCCGUCGCCGCGCUCCUCGCCGCCCUUGUGGUCCUCGCCGCUGCCGCCGCCAUCGGUUUUUUUGUUUGGAAGAAGAGACAAGCUCCAACUUUGCAGCAUGGCACUGAGGAGGAAGGCCAGAAGAUGGCGCCAUGAGGCCAAUCUUGGUCACGUGACUCAGCAUGAGGCCAGUCUUGGUCUUGGUCCGGUGGACAAAGCAAAACUGAAUAGAAGAAUAAAGUUAGUGUGGUACAAGAAGAAGGGUUAGUGUGCAAAGAGUUAGUCUGGAACAAGAAGAAGGUUUAGUGUGCAAAGAAAGCAUUCAGAAGACAAAAUAAUUAACUUAAACCCUUCAAAAGACAAAAUAUGUUGAUCAUUCACUUAAAAAGCCAACAUUAGUUGAUUGUACACGUGCUAAAGUAUUAUGUUUAUUGUUCCAAGGAUGAGGAAACUCUAAGUGUUUG